ACCCAAUGCCAGCUGACUCUCCAGCUGAUAGAGACACAGGAGAAGAACCAGCAGGAUUCAACCCUGACUACAAGAACCACCAGCUGACCUACAGAAUUAUAAAAGCCCGUCGUGGUAAAAGAGAUUCAGGGCAGAGGGAAUCUCCCCCACAAAGUGUGGUACCAUUUCCCAGAGGAGCCAAAUGGAUGAGAAGCCUUCCACCAGGAAAGUUCCUGAAUUCUGUUCAUUACGCUAUGGACUGGCUCUCAUCAUGCACUUCUCAAACUUUACCGUGAUAACCCAGCGUGUGAGUCUGAGCAUUGCAAUCAUUGCCAUGGUGAAUAGCACUCAGCAGCCUGGUUUAUUCAAUGCCUCCACAGAAAGACCUCUUGCAUUCACCCUCAAUCACUCCAACAGAUCCACCAAGGAGUUUAAUUCGGGAGCCUCUGUAUAUGAAUGGAGCCCAGAGACUCAGGGUAUCAUCUUUAGCUCCAUCAGCUAUGGGAUAAUACUGACUCUGAUCCCAAGUGGCUAUUUAGCAGGGAUAUUUGGAGCAAAGCAGAUGCUUGGUGCUGGUUUGCUGAUCUCCUCCCUUCUCACCCUCUUUACACCACUGGCUGCUGACUUUGGAGUGAUUCUGGUUAUUGUGAUUCGGACAGUCCAGGGCAUGGCCCAGGGAAUGGCAUGGACAGGUCAGUUUACAAUUUGGGCAAAAUGGGCUCCCCCACUUGAACGAAGCAAGCUCACCAGCAUUGCGGGAUCAGGGGCAGCAUUUGGGUCCUUCAUCAUCCUCUGCGUGGGGGGACUAAUCUCACAGACAUUGGGCUGGCCUUUUAUCUUCUACAUCUUUGGUAGCAUUGGCUGUGUCUGCUGUCUCCUGUGGUUCAUGGUGAUUUAUGAUGACCCCAUGCAUCACCCAUGCAUAAGCGUCAGGGAAAAGGACCACAUCGUGUCUUCACUGGCUCAACAGUCCAGUUCUCCUAGACGAUCUGUCCCCAUAAAGGCUAUGGUCAGAUGCCUACCACUUUGGGCCAUCUUCACGGGUUUUUUCAGCCAUUUCUGGUUAUGCACCAUAAUCAUAACUUAUCUACCAACGUACAUCAGUUCUGUGCUCCAUGUCAACAUCAGAGAUAGUGGUGUUCUGUCCUCCCUGCCUUUUAUUGCUGCCUCAAGUUGUACGAUUCUAGGAGGUCAGUUGGCAGAUUUCCUCCUGUCCAGGAAUCUUCUCAGAUUAAUCACCGUCCGAAAACUCUUUUCAUCCCUAGGGCUCCUCCUUCCAUCACUGUGUGCUGUUGCCCUGCCUUUUGUGGCUUCCAGUUACACAACAACUAUUAUUUUGCUGAUACUUAUUCCUGGGACCAGCAACCUGUGUGAUUCAGGAUUCAUCAUCAACACCUUAGAUGUCGCUCCCCGGUAUGCAAGUUUCCUCAUGGGAAUCUCAAGGGGAUUUGGGCUCAUCGCAGGAAUCAUCUCUUCCACUGCCACCGGAUUCCUUAUCAGUCAGGAUUCUGUGUCUGGAUGGAGGAAUGUCUUUUUCCUUGCUGCUGCUGUCAACAUGUUUGGCCUGGUUUUUUACCUCACAUUUGGACAAGCAGAAAUCCAGCACUGGGCCAAAGAGAGGACUCUUAGCCGUCUCUGAGGAUAUAGUUGCAGACUUAAAUGUAGUACUGACCAUUAACUUUUUCAACAUUUUUUACUUAUCAUCAUUCUUUUUUCAUAUUCUUGGCCAUAGGCUCAGCAGUUUUCAAUU